AAGCAUGACCAAGAUAACGAAGAUUCCCAAAAAACAACAAAUCCCUCGAAACAUUACAGCGAAACCACACGCGAACUUUCCUCCCACAAAACUUACAUAAACUCAACAUACAUAUAUUCUGAAUGGAUUAACUGAUAUUUAGACAAUUUCAGUUAAACAGGAAACGAAGAAUCCAAAAGCCCAGAAGACAUACAAAACCAACAAGUGGAUUAACACAAUGGGCAGUAAAAUAAAAUUGUUGGCAUCAGAUAUGAUAAUGUCUUUGAUGUGGGUUUCUUCCAGUGUUCUUAUUAAGAGAUUAGUUUUUAAUGUCUUGGGGUUUGGUUCAGAUGCCAAAGGUGAAGUCUUUAAAUGUGGAGUAUCUAUUCUCAACAUGUUUUUCUUUGCUUGGUUGAGUAAGGUCACUAAAGGUGGGGCCUAUAACCCUCUUACUGUCUUGUCACCUGUGUUUUCUGGUGGUUUCAGCACUUUUCUGUUCACUGUUGGUGCAAGAAUCCCUGCUCAGGUUAUUGGAUCAAUUGCCGGUGUUAGGCUAAUGCUAGAUACAUUUCCGGAAAUAGGACGUGGUCCUCGACUGAAUGUAGAUAUUCAUAAAGGAGCACUGACUGAAGGACUUUUGACGUUUGCAAUUGUGUCUAUAUCACUUGGGCUAACUGUAAAACUUCCUGGAAGUUUCUAUAUGAAAACGUGGAUCUCUAGUUUCUCCAAGCUCACUCUUCAUAUACUUGGUUCUGACCUCACAGGUGGAUGCAUGAAUCCUGCUUCGGUAAUGGGAUGGGCUUAUGCUCGUGGUGACCAUAUAACGAAAGAGCAUAUAUUUGUUUACUGGCUCGCCCCUGUAGAAGCAACUCUUUUGGCGGUAUGGACAUUUAGUUUGAUAUUCCGGUCCCAAAAAGGAGAGAAGGCAAAAGUAAAGGCUGAAAAAUCUGAUUGAGAUCCAUGCCGUUGGACAUGAUUAAAACUGAAAGUUUUUCAAGACUUGCUGUUUGUCAUCUAUAAAAGUAUGCUAUCCAUUAUUCAAACGUGUCCUAUCUCCAGCCAAGAUUUUUAUCAAAUAGAUUUGUAAAUAUGUUUCUUUUUUCAUUUUAAAUGCAAUGUGUUUCCUCUUUCAUGAAUAAAUGAGAGGAUCAACCACAUCUGCAUUUAAAAUUUAAUUUCUCCUUA